UACGUCACUGAGGUGCGACUGGUUUGCGGGCCGCGCCGCUGCCGCCUAGCGGGUUUAGCUAAGCAGCAGCCGAGGCGGUGUCCCUGGUGCGAGGAGAGCGAUGCCUUGAACUGGAAACUAUGGGAAGCAAAACUCUUUCUGAAUUCUGAAAGACAUCAUUUCACCAUGGGACAGCAAAUUUCGGAUCAGACGCAGUUGGUUAUUAACAAGUUACCAGAAAAGGUAGCAAAGCACGUCACCUUGGUUCGAGAAAGUGGCUCCUUAACUUACGAAGAGUUUCUUGGGAGAGUAGCUGAACUCAAUGAUGUAACUGCUAAGGUGGCUGCUGGCCAGGAAAAGCAUCUUCUCUUUGAGGUACAACCUGGGUCUGACUCCUCUGCCUUCUGGAAAGUAGUUGUACGGGUGGUCUGUACCAAGAUUAACAAAAGCAGUGGCAUUGUGGAAGCAUCGCGGAUCAUGAAUUUGUACCAGUUUAUUCAGCUCUAUAAAGACAUCACAAGCCAAGCUGCUGGAGUGCUGGCUCAGAGCUCCACCUCUGAAGAGCCUGAUGAGAACCCAUCCUCGGUCACAUCUUGCCAGGCUAGUCUAUGGAUGGGCAGGGUGAAGCAGCUGACUGAUGAGGAGGAGUGUUGUAUCUGCAUGGACGGGCGAGCUGACCUCAUCCUGCCCUGUGCUCACAGCUUCUGUCAGAAGUGCAUUGAUAAAUGAGCCGAAGUUUUUCAAAGCACAAGUGCAUGUGUACAGACUGCUGCCUAGCAGGAAAGAAGCGUGCGUAUGGUCAGCGUGUCCCAGGUCUCUCCUGUCUCCCAGAUAUAAUAGCCCACAUGGUCUGCGGUGAGUAUGUGCAUAUGAACAUGUGUGUGCAGCUGUACAGCAUCAUUGCACUCAUACUACCUAUCUGUGUUGGCAUGAGUCUUCUCAAGCAUAUGGCCACAUGUGUGAGCAGUCAUGUGAUACAUUUAAAUACCACGUGGGUGUGCAUGUUGGCAGAAGGAAUACAUGCAUGUGCAACACAGGCUCAUGCCGGGGCCUCACCCACCUGCGGAGGUUGUUCAGCACCAUGAUGUUGGCAUACAUGUAGUACAGGUAGUAACUAUAGGGCGGGUUCUGCUCGCUGGUCCAGAGGUCUGGGCUGGGACUCUUGUCUGAGAACAUGUGGUCACUGUGCUUGGAUUCGUCAUCCACACUGUCAAACCCAGUCACCUGUGUGGGAAGUAAGGAUUCUGACACUGAGCCAGGGCAGGAUAAUCCGGGACUCAGUUCAGCUCCCCACAGGGUUUCGGAGCUCACACUCCUGUCGGGGACCCCGAGCCUCUGCAUUGGCCCAGCAGGCCAGCCUGGAGAAUGCCAGCCCCUGUGUAUCAGGCUGGAGACAAUGAGGAAACUGAGGCUGGGCCAGAUGAGGCUGGAUCUGAGCUGCCAGGUUUCCUGCUGCUGUGCCAAGGAGGCCAGUCCUGCAGGGAACAGCAGCCACUGCCAACGGCAGCAGUGCCAUGCUGGGGUGGGGCUACUUGAUAUGCCUGGCAUCUACUACCAUCCAUCAAGGUCCCCUGGCCUGACAAUUCGCCAGCUAGUUAGUACUCAAGUGACACUGUGUACACCACCACUGGUGGUGGCUGAGGCCUCAUUUUAAUGUUGAGCAAACCAGGACCAAAGUGGUUUUGGAAGCCGUCCAAGUGGGAUGACUAGACUCUGGGCCCAAAGAGGUCCAGAGCUGGAUUCAGAGUUCUAGGUAGAGGGUUCCUUUGGUGUGUCAGGUAUAGCCAUGAGACACCAGCUGGGUGCCUCACAGUAGAUCAAGGGGCCCUGGCCAGGUGUAUCCAUGGCCCCAGAGGCACCUCCGCUUCACUGGGAAGAAACCUAAGAAAUCCUUUUGAUCAGGCAUUUCUAAUCUCCAGACUAAAAGCUACUGAUCCUUGCCCACAGCUGCCCUUCUAGGGACAGACACAACCUUCCCCUGCGUUACCAACAACCACUACCCUGAGAAGAAGCCUGCCUCCGUUCCUUUCAUUAUCCAGCUUCUUGGAGCUGGCAGCCUGUGCCUGGGUCCAGGAGCUGGGGAGGGGAGCAGAGUGGGAGGCCGGAGAACGUGAACCCUAAACUGGACCCAUGUGGGGCAGAUGUGCCCUCCCUUGCCACACCGGGCUCACUAGGGGCCCCACCCCGGCACUUACGUAUUUAAGGAAGAGGUGAAGCUCCCGAUGAUCUUGGGGGUUGAUGGUAGCUUUGAACAGGGGCAGGAAGAUGUUCUCCAGCAUCUUCCCAAAGUUUGGCAGUAGUUUCUUUGACCUAAAUAUAUCACUGGGAAAACCAAAGGCUGGCUUGGUCGGAGGACUUGGUCUGCCAGGUGGAGCCUAGUCACUGUCCCAACAGAGCAAAGAGCCAGUGCCGUCAGUGUUUGCAAACUGAUGGGCAUCUUCCUGUGCCCAUCGGGCCACUGCCUCAAGCCAGUGAAGUGGUGGGAUUGGCUGGGUGAGAGCUCAACUCAGCCCCUCUGAACCCCAUGCCCAGCCCAGCUGGAGAUGAGAGUGUCGCUCUGCAUGACGGCCAGGGAGGCCAGCCAUGUAGGACACUACAGGUCAUCUCAUAGCCCAGGCUUACCCAAGUCUUCAAUGAGAAGAGAGGGUAGUCCGCCCGCCAUGUAUACUUCAAAAGCAAAAGUGAUGUGUGCUGAGAGCCAAGUCCCACCACCCCUGCCCCACCCUCAGGAGCAUACCCAGGAGCCAUGUAGGACAGGCUGUGGUCUCCCGAGAACCCAGGGCAGACGAGAGCAUGAUACUCACUAGAUGCGGGGCACCUGGAUGAUCCAGCGCAUGUUGGGUGAGUAGACCUUGUGCUGGAUGAACCAGCGGGCCAGGCUAGACCACUCCUUGGGACUGCGACCAUAGAUGGAGAGCCGGGGUUCUGAGUAUUGGUACUUGCUGUCCUCUAGCUCCCGGGCCACUUCCUGAUACCAAGAAUUGAGUCAGCCCCAUAGCCUCCCGGACACAUGGGAGACCCCAUCCCUAGGUGGGCCCUGGGGUCCUUUAGCUACCUGCUCAUAGGUAGAAAGGCUGAUCUAAAUUCCUGGCGUUGCCACAUAAGCACCCACUCCCCUGCCGAGGCGUCUCCUAGGAGGGAGGCCAGGGUCUGACACCGGCAGGCUGUAAACAGGCCUGGCUGCAGAACCAGGCUGGGCAGCAGCCAUGUCUCUACCUGAAGCCAGCCUGCAACCAGCCGAGUUCUGGCUGUAAUAAACAGAGGUGGCGCCAGGAUGCUAGGAGCUCUUCCCUUCUCGCCCCUUCCCUGCCAUCGGCCCACAGGACACACUUGUCCAUGCUCAAGAGCAGGAGACCAGCACUUGCCUGUGUUGGGUGGUAGACAGAAGGGCCUUCAGGGAGAGGAAGGGACAGAGGGUCACAUGUGCCCCUACUUUUUGAAUGCAGACAACGGCAGGUAUCUGAAGAGGCUGAGGGCUCACUCACCUUGACCAUGCGAGCAAAGUAUUCUCCCCCGAGGUAGUUCUCAGUUUUCAGAUACAGGUCCCGGAGCUCGCUGGCCCCCACGGGGUUGUACUUGGAGUUGAACUUGUCGAAGCGGUGAAAUGUCUGGCGGCCCUGAGGAGGAGACCACCGGCUGGCUGCAUCACAAUUCCAUGCGGCUACCUAAUAUGUUUCUCCUGGCCUUUCCAAGACAGCCACGCUGGAAAAUGUAGUCACCCCCUCCUUUAGCUCCAGAUCCCCCUCCCUCCCUUUCUUUCUUUUAGGCAGAGCCUCACUGUGUAGCGCAGGAUAUCUUCUAACUUGCAAUCCUCCUGCCUCAUCCUCUAUAGUGAUAGAAUUACAGGCAUGCGUCACCACAACUUUCUGCAUGAAACCUUGGUCAUUCUGUGUGCCAGGACCAUGUCCCUCAGUCAGCCAUAGGACUCUUUGGACAGGCACUCUGUGGUGGAGUGUCAAGGUCCUGGACGUGUGAGGAACAUAAGUGACUUACAGACCACUGAACAAGCAAAAGUCUCAAGUUUAGGGUCGGGGAAGAUGGCUCAGCAGCUCAUCUGUUUACUGCUCACCCCGUGACCAGAUUCAGAUCCUCUGAAGCCCAAACCAAUGCCAGGUGGGCAUAGUGGCCCCACUUCUAAUUCUGACCUCAGAAAGCAAAGAGAAGGGAGCCCCAAAGAAGCUGGCUAAGGCUAGGCUCUAUUGAUGAACUCUGAAUUUGAUUGAGAGACCCUUAUGCUUCAAUGAAUAUGGAGAAAGAGUAAACCAAGAUGAUUACUGGCAUCAACUUCAGGCCUACACAUAUACAUACAUGUGCCACACAGGUGCAAAAACAUACACACAUACACCACAAAAAAAUAUAAUCAGAAAAAAAAAUUAAGUUUUUACUCUGUCUUUCUAAGUCUGAACAGUAAUUACUGUGUGUGCAUUUGUUACAUUUGGGUUAGUUAUUGUCUAUGGUCUAAUAAUUGUGCUAUUUUCUACCUUUUGAAUACUGAAGAUAACACUGCUAUGGACAGCGGAGUGCAAGUGUCUACUGAAGUCUCCAUUUUCAGUGCCUUCAAGGGCGUGAAUAGAAGCUAUGAAGUCUAUGGAAUUCUACAGCUAACAUUUUAAAGGACCACUCUGCUGUCUCUAUAGCAACUGCACCAUCAUUCAGCAUCUUAACAACUUUGAAAAUUAACAAGGUACAUGAUAGUCAUCACUUUUUAAAUACUUUUUUAAAAAAUGUAUGGAUAUUUUUACUUAAUAUGUGUCUGCUUGGCUGGAUGGGUGCUGAGUGCAUGCAGUUCCUGUAAUGGCCAGAAGAUGGCGCGGAGUCCCUAGGACUGUAGUAAUAAGCGCUCAUGAGUGCCUGACUGGUUUCUGAGAGCCCUGUCUUCUUGCAAGAGUAGAAAAUGCUCUUUCCUCCAUCUCUCCAGCCCUACAGUCAUCAUUUUAUUGACAAGAAAAUGAAAGUUUAAGCGAUUCACCUAAGGGUACAUGACUCCUAAGUGAUUGAGGGGGAUUAGAAUUUGUAACCAUCCGACUUCACGGUCUUCCUUUGACUCAUUUGUUCCCAGCCUCACUAUUCAAUACCACCGGAUUCCUUCCACGGCUCUACUACAAGCAAAGUAAGAUGAUUUCCCCAGCCACCAACUGUCCAAGCACAGGCAUGCUGGCUUCUGUGGACAGAGCACUCCUGAUAGAAGUACCCAGGGCAGAGCUAGCUUACUGCAUGAACAUCCAGCGAGUCCACCGUGAGGUCGUAGGGGUCCAUGUGCAGGCUGUCAAACACCUGCCGCAGGGUGAUCUUCCGACCUAGCUUCUCCGCCACAGUUCUGUCGGGCUCUGUCUGGUACGUGUGCUUGAUGAAACGCAGCAGGUGCUUCUGAUUCAUGCAGGCCGCUGCAUGAAUGUGUGUGUCUACCUGGAACACAUCACCCACUGGUCAAUGAGCCAGUCCCCUCCCCUAGUGACCGAAGAGCCUCAACCCUCCAGGCGGAACACAGAGUCUCAGCACCACACUGGCUGUGGACAGAAUGCCAACCAUCCCCCUUCCUAUUUUUUCUCCAGGCCUCGGAGCUAGUCUUUGCUCCUGCAGGCCUGCCCCCAGCCUAUAUCUAAACAGCAUCAAGAUAUUUUUGUUUUGAUUUCUUGUUUACCCACUUGACAAGUUCUCUCUUGCAUACACAGUCCCAGCACUUGAACCUGGAAUUAAGGCUGCAUGCAAUCAUAAUCUCUCCUCUUCCAGCUGCCCCCGUCACAUGUGGGGAGCCAUGUUUGGCUCCUCAGACACCAAGCUGCUCUGUGGUAUCACAUUGCCCAUGCCUUUCUCAGCCCACAGGUUUCCUUCCUUCCUGCCAAGCUCAUCCACUCGAGAGCCAACCCUGAUCCCCUGGGCACAGCUAAUCCAUUCUCUCUCUUGCCCAGCCUGGGCACCUGGGAUAGUCAUCCACAUUGGUGGGCACAUCCUCCUGACCUCUCUUACAUGUUUCUAUCUGCCUGGGACCUCCUCAAGGGCAGGGACCAGGUCCACUGCAUCCACGUCACACCUGCCCCAAGAAUUGGUCCAAGGUAUCGGUGAGUCAAUGGUGAGUGAAUGAAUGAAUGAAUGAACGAACGAAUGAAGAGAGAACCGGUGCCAUCUGUUCCAAUGGGUUCAUAUAACCAUUGAGAUCCAACCCUUCCCACUGACUUCUCUGGGAAUUCCCAAAGCAAUACCCCUAAAAGGGCACCCACCACACCUUUCUCAGUCAACUCUACCUCACCUGAGCCCAGGAAUUUCAAGCCCCAUUCUGAAACAAAUAUCCUGACUGGAAGCCAACAUGUGGACUCAGACCGCAGAGAAAAUUCUGACUCACAGACAGGAGUCAGGAGCGUGGGUCCCCUGCACUUGAUGGAAACACAGAUUCCCCAAAGGAGGCACCAGCCUGGAGCCCAGUGGGACCUUGGCUUCCUUGUUGAAUGUUUCAGGUCUUCUGUGUCCUGCUAAACUCCUGUAACAUAGAGCUGUCUCUUCACCUCUGACCUCUCUUGUGACAGCUCAUCCUCACCCCUGACCUAUGCCACCUGUGUCUUUAAAGAUUAUUUUUUUUCAUGUG